UCCUUUGCAGCAACAUGGAUGCAGCUGGAGGCCAUUUUCCUAAGCAAACUAAUGCAGGAACAGAAAAGCAAUAUUGCAUGUUCUUAUUAUAAGUGGGAGCUAAAUGUUGAAUACACAUGAACACAAUGAUGGAAACAAUCGACACUGUCUAUUACAAGCCAUAAAUGGUGAAAAAAAAAAAAGUACAAAUUGCUGUGGGGCCACAAGGCGAGGUUAUUUAUCACUAGUUAGGACAAUAAGAAGAGGCUUCUCAAGAAGAUGAAUUUAAAUAUUAAAGGAUACAACAUCUGUUUUUGAAUUCCCAAAGAUGAGGGUUUAUUGAAGUAGUUACGUGUCACUAGCAUUAAAGGAAUUGUACUUUGUUGAAGAUGAGUACCAUGAAUGUUUUUGAAUAUGUAUGUCAGCCUUGCAAUUAACAUUAUAGUGAAGUAUGUACCUUUUAAGUUAGAUUGCUCUUUAAUAAGGCUUUUGGAAGUACUGCAUUACUACCAUACUACUACUUUUAUUAGCCUUACAGUUUAUAGCUGAGAAUCCAAUAAAAUUUGGGAACUGCAGUUCAAAACUGUGCAGUUAAUGGCUCAGUUUCUAGCUAGUUAGUGGCUGAGCCAUGACUAGACUUCAAGACAUCUAGCACCCAAAUAGAAAUAUUUUAUAUCAUACUGUUAUGCCUUGAUGGAAUCUUAUUCCGAACUUCUGCCAUUACUAAUGCUAUUAACUAAAUAUCUUUCAUUUUAAUGUACAUUUAUGUAAAACAUUAGCUAUCAAACCUCAAGAUCCAUUUUAUAUGUCCAGAAAGGUAUUAGGGCAGAACUGCCAUCCCUCCCAGCCUCCACAGAAUUAUGUGCAGUGGCUCAUGCCUGUAAUCCUAGCACUUUCGGAGGCCAAGGUGGGUGAAUCGCUUGAGCUCAGGAGUUCAAAAUCACCCUGAGAAACAUGGCAAAACACUCUCUCUAAAAAAAUAUAAAAAUUAGCCAGGCAUGGUGGCAUGUGCCUGUAAUCCCAGAUACUCUGGAGGUUAAACUGGGAGGAUGACUUACACUUGGGAGGCAGAAGUUGCAGUGAGCCUGCAUUUUAGCCUAGGCACCACUGCACUUUAACCUGGGCAACAGAGCCAGGCUUUGUCUCAAAAAAAAAAAAAAAAUCAUUUAUUUUAAGCUUUCUAGAUACUGAGCCAGGAUCCUGAGACAGUGCAGGAAGGGACACACUCUAUGUUCUAUAGGUAACUUUGCAGAGCCAACGCAGUAUGGGGUAACAGUAUAUAUGAAAAAAAUGAUUGCAAUAUGUCUACUUUUAGUAAACAGACUUCUGACUUUUCACUGAGGGCAUUUGGGAAAUAUUUAUUGAAAGAUUUUAUGACAGAAAAUGAUUAUGGAGUAGAUCCUGGAAAGGUGAUGUUCACCUGUCCUUACAUUAUGGUGUAUGUUUCAGAGACCCCAAACACAGUUGGGAGAGGAAAACACACAUGAACACAAAAGGGAGGUCACAUGCUGGGUGAAUAUCUCCCUAGCAUUAUCUGUAGGAUUUUGCUAGAGUCUUUUAAAGCUGUUCAUUUUUUUAAAAGUUCUGCUGCAGUGUGCUUCUUUCUUCCUAUCUGUCCGAGUCGGGUCUUGCCUCUUUUAUACUUUGUAUGAAACCCGGGGGUCAUGAAAGCACCAUGCACAGGGCAGGCAUUGAAUAGAUGUUUGUAGUUACUGAUGGAUUCUAUGUCCAUUUGUCGGAUAUUCUAAGUGUAACCUUCCUGGAAGAUAAUUGUAUUUACUUUGUGAAUAUUUUUCUAGGAUUAUCACCUUUUACUGAGAGAAAUCUGGUUGGUCAGGAACUGUGAAUCCUCGUAAAUGUUUAUGAAAGUGCCCAUGGUUUAUACAGCAUUAUCAAAUGCAAAAAUAGAUACUGAGAUACUAUCAUUAGCUCAUCACAAAAAUGCAGCUGUUAAGCAGGAAGUCCAAUUGGCUUACUAAUUUUCUUAAAGUGUGUGAAACAAUGAAUCUUAAUAGAGUUUAUGCUUUAAUGGGUCCACAUUUUCACUCAUUUUAUUAAAAUCUUUUGCCAUGAGCUGCAGUUAAGUAAGUAAUUAUACAUUAGUCAAAGAGUUAAAAACAUAAAAGCCAAGUAACUAAGGUAAUUCAGCAAGAUGAGGUCAUUUUUCUUCCAACACCAGAUGGGUACCGCAGGUAAAAACCAUAACACUUGAUCUCUUCCAUAUGACUUAGAAAGAGAUUAAUGUUGACAUUUAACUUUUAAAUAAAAUAUUUUAUAGUAAAAAGUAUUACUAAAUAGUAAGUUAUUGUUUUGAAAUGAAACAUUUGUCAGUAUGCUUUUUGUGCAACAGUCAAGUUUAAAAUUCUAAUUCUAAAAUGGAAAAUAAUAUAAAAAUUCAACUCUGCAUCUGAAACAAAAGAGUAAUCUUUUCUUAGCUGAUAAUUUUCUGUGAACUGGGGUGGUAUCAUGAUAACACUUUCUGAUGUGGAGCCUAUUACUCCCAAUACUUUCAUAUUUGAGAAGAUACUACUUAAUGUACUAAAUCUUUUUGUUGUGUCAUCUGCAUGCUUUUCAGAUGGAAAGUAUUGUGGUAUGUUUGCAUUCAUGUAUAAACUGAAAUUUGUUACUGUAUAGAGUAGUGCAUACUUGGUUAGAAAAAUCACAGACAUAAAGACAGCCUCACUGGAGGUCUGAGUCUGCAAGCAGCAUGUCUAUAGAGAAAAAGCAUGUUUUCAUUUUAACAAGUUUUUCCACUUUGAGGCUGAAUAGUCUACAAAGAUUUGUGUGGAUUGCCAAUUCAGUGAUCCAAAUCAAUGAAAGUUGCCAAUAGCAAACCUCAUGAAUUAGUCUUUCCACACAUCAUCGUACUUGGCAGCCGGCAGACAUUCUAUGCUUCAGUUACCCAGAAUUUGAAGAAGCUUGACCUGGAGCAACAACUAAAGGGAAAGAGGAAGGGGCACUAAACAGAGAUAGAGCUACAGAUAUAUGCCCUUCUUCUAUAUGUCAGACACUAUGCUUUAAAUAUUAGCUUAUUUAAUCCUUACAAUAGCUCUUAGAGUAGAAUUGUUAUCCUUCUCCCUUGACAGAUGAUGAAAAUGAAGUUCUUCAAAAAGAUUAAGUAACCUAUUCCAGGUCACACAGCUGGAUCUAGGAUUAAAGCCCACGUCUGCCUGAUUCAUUCAUGCAUCCACUCCUGUAUUCAUCUGACAAGCAUUUAUUAUUGUGUGUCUGUUGUGCUUGGUGAGGAAAUAUAGUAGUGCACAAGAAUUACAUCAUCCCCACUCUCAUGAGAGUUUCCAGCCAUUUAAACAAAUAAUUGCAAAGGUUAUAUUAUAUGCUUUCUACCACACCUAACUACUGAUACAUUUAUUUAAGGCUAGGUACUUAUUCUUUUAAGAACAGUGGAAAUUAAAAGAUAAAAAUGUGUUAAGGAAGACUAUAAUCUGAAAAGUCUAUUUUAGGACCCAAACCAAAUGCAUGAAAGUUCUCCUGCUUACUAUAAACAUCUGUGAACAGUGGAUCUUGAUUUUCCCUUUUAAAAAGUAUUUUUGAUUUUUUAUUAUUAGGUAUAAAAUCAAUUAAUAGCUGAUGAGCAGUUAUUAUUAAUACAUUAUUAUUAUUCGCAUUUGUAAAUCUCGAUCAUUUUAAAAGUACUUCAAUGUGUGCUUUUAUUUGCUCUUUUUAACAACCGUGCCCAAACCUAAUUUUUUGGAUCCUGAUUCUAAUUCGUAAGUCUUUUGGAUCCUAGCUUCUUCGUGCUCAUAGAAAAUUGUGGUUUUGUUUUUAUUUUCUUUGAAAAAUUAAUAGACAUUUAAUUAAUGUCUCUCUGCCAAAUACUAUGGAGAAAUAAAAUGAUUGAAAAAGCUCAGUUCUUUGCUCUUAAAAGAGCUAGAUAGGGGCAACAGAUAUAGAUGAAUAACAUAAGAGAGGGGGUCUCUCAGAAAGUUUUGUGUGGAGAAAAUGCUAUACGUGGGCUAAACAUGGAAUUCACCCAGAAUCAAAAAUCCAAUCAUUUCAUGAUGUUCCACCAUUGCGAUGAAUGUUAGAUCUGAGGACAUGGAAACAAUCAGGAUAGAAAGCCAGUAUUAAGUCCCAGAGGUACUACCCUACCUAGAGUAAACAAAAAUAGGGAGGAAAAGAUGGAAUUUUUCACUUUUCCUAUGUCUCUUUUCUAAACAGGUAUAUUUCUUAAUAGCUAACCCGCACAAUGGAAAACUCAGGGAAAGCAAACAGAAAGGAUACACAUGAUGGGCCACCAAAAGAAGUUAAAUUGCCUACCAGUGAAGCACUUCUAGACUAUCAAUGUCAAAUACAGGAAAAUGCAGUAGAGCGAUUCAUGUUUCAAAUAAAGACACUUAGGGAAAAGAAUCAAAAAUAUCAUGAAAGAAAUAGCCGCCUAAAAGAGGAACAGAUUUGGCACAUACGGCAUCUACUAAAGGAAUUGAGUGAAGAGAAGGCAGAGGGAUUGCCCGUUGUAACAAGAGAGAAUGUUGAAGAAGCAAUGAAGGAAAAAUGGAAGUUUGAAAGAGACCAGGAAAAAAACUUGAGAGAUAUGCGCAUGCAAAUAAGUAAUGCCGAGAAACUAUUUCUUGAGAAACUCGGUGAAAAGGAAUAUUGGGAGGAGUACAAGAAUGUAGGGAGUGAACAACAUGCUAAACUCAUUACCUCCUUACAAAAUGACAUCAACACAGUUAAAGAGAAUGCAGAGAAAAUGUCGGAACACUAUAAAGUCACUCUGGAAGAUGCUAGAAAGAAAAUAAUCAAAGAAACUUUGUUGCAACUGGACCAAAAGAAGGAAUGGGCUACACAGAAUGCUGUAAAGCUCAUUGACAAGGGCAGUUAUCUAGAGAUCUGGGAGAAUGACUGGCUCAAAAAAGAGGUUGCAAUUCACAGAAAGGAAGUUGAAGAAUUAGAAAAUGCUAUUCAUAAACUGGAAGAAGAAAAUUUGGUGCUUAUUGAUCAAUUAUUCAACUGUAGACUUGUGGAUCUCAAAAUACCCAGACGACUAUAUCUUACCCAAGCUGCUGGACUAGAAGUGCCACCUGAAGAAAUGCCUUUGGAAUUGCCAGAAACACAUAUAGAAGAGAAGUCAGAACUGCAACCCAUCAAAGCAGAAAGUGGAAACAUGAUGCACUCAUCAGAUGAGAUCAGGACCUUACCUCUUAGUCAUGAAACGAGCAUCACGGAUCUCCAGUAUGUGAAGACAGCUGAAGAGGAAGGCUCAUGCACAGAGUCUGGGGACACGGAUGUGAAGUACUUACUAUAUGAGGAUGAGAAGGAUUUCAAGGAUUAUGUAAACUUGGGCCCCCUGGGAGUGAAGCUUAUGAGUGUGGAGAGCAAGAAAAUGCCCAUUCAUUUUCAAGAGAAAGAAAUUCCAGUCAAACCCUAUGAAGAUAUCAGGAGCCCAGAAAGCCACAUCACCUAUAAGAUGAUGAAGUCUUUUCUCUAAGGCUGAAAGAUGCAAAGGAAACACAACUUUUCCUUAUAACUAUUCUUUGGGAACUGAAGUAUAUUAUCUGUUGCCCAUUUUACUUACACUUUGGCUCAUUUUUAAACCAGCAGUUAUUGUUAAAGAUCAUAAUUACAUUUAAAAUCAAAGUCCCAGGUAUUCAGCUAUUCAUUUACUUGCAUGGUAUGAGUGACCACAAUGGAAGCACACUUUGUAUUUCUACAUUGAAGUAUUCAGAAGUAUGACAGUGGGUUCAAGGUAGUCUCUGACAUUCCUUUUCACACACACACACACACACACACACACACACAAAGCCACUGAUUAAUCUGCGAUUCCAAUAUGAAAUAGUUCCAUUAGAAAUAUUUCUAAGAAAAACUUAGAGUUUGCAUAGCAUUGUCUACACAUCUUUCCCUCUGAGGAUGCUCAAUGUGAUGGACACCCAGUUUAUAAUUCAAGUAAAUUCUUCUUAGUUUAACCCUGUGUAUUAGUCUGUUCUCAUGCUGCUAAUCAAGACAUACUCGAGACUGGGUGAUUUAUAAA